ACCGAUUUCCACGUCAGUUUCCUAACGAAUAAUAUUCAACAGAUUGCGAGCUGCUUCGAGAGAGAUGGCUCAUUCUUCGUCGUCGUCCUCCUCCUCCUCGUCUUGCUGCCGGUCACCUCGCAAAGUCCAAGCGCAGCGAUUCCAGAGAGCCCACAUCGGGGUUCCCUCCAGACACGGCAACAACAAACGUUUCUUGACUAUUGAAACAUUCGGUUCAUAGGAUUCCUCGAGCGGGCCUGUGAAAUCGCCUGUUCUGUGACAUGUCAGAGCAAAACACUCGACUCCUCUUCCCAUUAAGAAUCAUAUUUUGAAGCAGAAAGGUCGUCCUUUUUCGCCCCUCGGUUCCUCGGUCCGGGUGGUCGUAACAGGAAGAUAUGGCCGAGCGGAGAGUGCACCCGAAUUGCGUCUAUAGGGUGAACCCGUACCAUGAAUGCGUCGAGUCUUGCUUCGUCAAGAUGGAAGAAGCUGGAAGGGUGCAAAAAUCUAAGAAAAAACCCGGUUCCCUGAUCCUUCUUGUUCCGAAGAAGCUCAGCCAGAGGAAGAAGAAAGGUUUGGACUCGGAGCUGAAGCCUUCCGACUCGUUUGACAGCAAAUUCGACUUGAAAAAGGCUCUUGCCCGUCCCGACUCUCCUUCAUCCCCGAUGAAGUUCUCCUUCAAGAAGGUGGAGUCGUGGAGCUGCGAGCUUCCAUUCAAGGGUCCGGACACUGGAAAAACUUACUCGCGGGAUUCUUCCUUUCUGAAGUUCUUGCCCAAGACGAAGCCUGCUCCCGAAGAGCCACCUAGUGAUGAUCCCAAAGAAUCAAAACAGAUGGAGAAUGAUCAGCAUGAUGAUGAUGAAAAGCUUAGGAAUAACCAGAAUCCAGUAGAUUCAUCUGACGGCGCUAAUAACAACAACAACGAUAACAAGGACGGUGUCUCCUUUGAAGCGAUUAGCGAUGAGGAAUUCCCAGACCGGCCAAUAAUUUGCGACUCACGAGUCCAAGUCGGGGAUCAUUACUAUGUGAAAAGAAGUGUUGCAUCCAUUCUGAGGUCGAUUCUGAAUAAGUAUGGAGACAUAGCUCGGGACUGCAAACUGACGUCAGUCGUGAUGCGGUCUAAUUACUUGGAGUGCUUGUGCCUUGUUAUUCGGGAGCUGCAGUCGUCCUCAAUCGAGAAGAUGAGCAAGUCUAAGCUAAAGGAGAUGUGGGCGAUCACGAAGGAUGUGGAAGCAGUUGGAAUCAAAGUUGGUUGGCUCCAAAAGACUCUGGAUGAGAUCAAGGAGGCGGUCGAGCUGGUCAAGAAGAGCAGAUCGGCUGAGGAAGAGAAGAAGAAGUUUGACUCAAACGUGGAGUCAGUGAGGAAAGAUCUCGAAGCUUGCAUGCAAGAUCUUGCUGAGAAGGAGAAGGAGGUUGCAGUUGCUAGGGCACGGGUCGAGGAGACUCGAGGACGGCUGAGCGAGCUCGAGAAGGAAUGUUCUCGACUGAACGAGACAAUUUUGUCAAUAAAAUCGAAGGUCGAUGGCAUCGACUGCAAAGCCAAGGUAGCUGAAAUCCUGUGAGCUAGAUGUUGGAAUUGUACCCUCAGGUAGCUAUAGAAGGUGAAGUCUAUGUUCUAUGGUAAAGAUCAUAGUCCUGUUAAAGGACGACAUAGUACUUAGGCCAUAGUUCAUGCAUUAAUGUUGCAGACUUGCAGAUAUAUUGUACUUUUACGAAUAAGAUCUGAUCAUAUAGGACUGAAUAUUACCUUUGCCACAAUCAAAUUGCAGGCAAUUCGGACGAUUAUAUGCAAAUUAUGAUUUAGUUUCA